CAAAUGUUAUUUGCUUUGCAGGAUAAUCCUUCAAAAACAGCCUCAACUCUACGAGGGAAUUUUUACAUCACUGGGGACAGGGGCUAUAUGGAUGAAGAUGGCUAUUUCUGGUUUGUUGCGAGAUCAGACGAUAUUAUAUUAUCCUCUGGCUACCGAAUUGGACCAUUUGAAGUAGAAAGUGCCUUGAUAGAACAUCCUUCCAUUGCAGAAUCAGCUGUUGUCAGCAGCCCAGACCCUGUCAGAGGAGAGGCAGUAAAGGCUUUUAUUGUUCUGAAUCCUGAUUACAAGUCACAUGAUCAAGAACAACUGAAAAAGGAGAUUCAGGAGCACAUGAAAAAGACUACAGCGCCUUACAAAUACCCCAGAAAGGUGGAAUUCAUUGAAGAACUGCCAAAGACUGUCAGUGGGAAGGUCAAAAGAAAUGAACUGAGGAAAAAAGAAUGGAAAACUAUUUAAACUCCAUCCACUAAUUAUUCAGAUAUCUAUAAACAAAUUUAGUGUCUACAGUCUGCAGGAACCACAGGUUAUAUGGGCAAAUUGCUUCUAAACUGAAUUUAAAGUACUUUAUAUUAAUAACAUCAGAGGCUGAAUUCUGAAAGCAAAUAGUCAGUGAAUCCUUCUAUGUUCACGUCAAUGUUCCUGCAAUUUGGCAGCAUAAAAGAAGGUUAUCAGGUGCUGAGAGGUUUUAAAACUAUUUUAGAGAAAGUGUCUAAAUCAAAUUUCUAUCGCACUGAUUUUCAAAAUGUAACUGAAUAGUUCUAAUGUGUUAAUUACAAAUCAGAACAAAUAUUAAAGCUCUUAAAAAAA